AUGGCGCCCGCACAACCUGAGCUGAAGAAGGCAAGUCUUGCUAACUUUUCUAAACAGUACCUUGACAAGAGACUGUUCGUCCAGUUGAACGGCAGCCGAAAGGUCAUCGGUAUCCUCCGAGGUUACGAUGUCUUCCUGAACAUUGUCCUCGACGAAGCGGUGGAGGAAAAGGAUGGAGGAGAGAAGGAGAGAAUUGGCAUGGUUGUCAUCCGUGGUAACUCGGUAGUGAUGCUCGAGGCUCUCGAGAGAAUCGGCGGCGACGACCGACGUGGAGAACGAUGA